AUGACGCUGAAGAAUUUUACUGAAGGUGAAAACCAGAAAACAAUCGUAGUACUAUCCUGCUCGGCGGAAUUUACUGCAGAGUUACAAGGUGAACUGAUCUUUCUGUCAAUUGUAAACAUCUUUCUGUCGAUUGCAGCAGUUCUGGGAAACACUCUGAUCCUAGUUGCUUUGCACAAAGAAACUUCACUUCACCCGCCGUCCAAACUCCUGUAUCGUAACCUAGCCGUAACUGAUUUCUGUGUUGGUACCAUUGCGGAGCCUCUCCAUGUUUCCUAUUGGAUUUCUGUGGUGACGGGAAAAUGGGAUAUUUGUUAUCUGGCUCAUUUGAUGGUUACUUUAGCAGCUUAUACCUUUUGUGGAGUGUCUUUAUUAACACUGACUGCAAUAAGUGUGGACAGACUUUUCGCCUUGCUACUGGGGCUCAGAUACAGACAAGUUGUAACUGUAAAAAAGACAUACAUAGCUAUCAUUGCCUUCUGGAUUGUUUCUGUUGUUGGCGUACCAGCCUCUACAGCUAUAAGAGAAUAUGUUCACUACAUAGGUACAGCGCUGUGCUUAGCCAUCACAAUCGUCGCUUACUCAAAAAUUUUCUUCCGUCUGCGUCAUAACCAAAUUCAUCGGAUCCACCCCUUACAAGGAGAAAGCCAAGCAAUUCAAAUGAACAUAGCUCGAUACAGAAAGGCAGUGUACAGUGCACUGUGGCUGCAGGCCGCUUUGGUCGUUUGUUAUCUGCCACUUAUCAUAGCGACAGCUUUAAUACAUCAAAGAGGGAUGCAUUUAUCGUCUUACCUUCCUUGGCAAUUUACAAUUACUUUAGUAUAUAUAAACUCAUCUCUGAACCCCUUUAUUUAUUGCUGGAAGAUCAGAGAAGUGAAAUUAGCUGUAAAAGAAACAUUAAGGCGACUCGUCCAUCGAUGGAGCGGUUAGUUUACUAUGGUCUACUCUGCUUUUUGGCUAUAAAUUCAUUCCAAACCAAAACUUGCUUUACGAAAAAAAAUCCUCCCCGAAAAGAAAUGAACGGUUUUACUUGAAUCAUUUUUUUAUACAAGCGAACAUUGCGAUACACAAAGCCCAUAUACUCCAGUAAAAUGGGGAAAGCCGCGAGCAGAAUUUAUUUCACUGGAGAAUUUCAGUUUUCCAUUCAGGCUAGCGGUAUAUCACGUGACUCAGUUACUGGCUUAAUUUACACUGAUUAAAUGUGUUACAGAAAACACCCGCGUGUAAGAACCUAGUGGUUUAAAAACUUGCUGGCAGAAAUUGUUCACUUUAAUUUACCCAAACAUAAAAGAACCUGUUUAGCCAAGUAAGGAAAUAGCAAAACUGCAAAACGAGGACUGUGAAGUAAACUUACAUUGUUUCAGCCAGAGAAAACUGCUGUGAAGCGGUCUGCGAAUAACGCGAAGAGACUUGCAAGAAACUAAACAGAACUGCGCUAAGCGCGGACCAAAAUGAACUGCACAAACUGUACUGCAAAACUACGAUAUGGAAAAUACGCUAGAACAUGCUGAAAAUAAAACUAUAGAAACUUAGAAAGGCGCUAAUGAAGAUGAAACAGCAAAGAAACGCUAACGAGGGCGCGAAAACUGACAGAAAGGAAUAAAUACCUAAAUUAAUACAAAAAAAAAAAAAAAAAAGACUAAGCAAAAGGACGAAAAGAAGUAUAAACUUAUUUGCGUACGCAAAGGAAAAACAAAUUACACAAGAACGAAUAAUAGAAAAAAUGUUACACUUGGAUCUUACAGUUCGCUUGAACGUAGUUGCUUCGGAGAAAAGUCAUCGUAAUGACAAACUACCAAGCAAUUAGACACCUGUAUUGUUCCGCAAAAUUCACUGGAGAGUCGAGGAGAGGUACAUGGCGUUUUUAAUUUUAAAUAUUUUACCUUUCACAUAACAGAUCCGAAUUGGACGCGCCGGGAGUUGAUGUGAACGGGGGAAGUGAAUUUAAAAAGCAAUUUAAAUGAAGAUAUAAUCUUGGCGUAGUGAAAUAGAAAUUUAAGCAGUUGCAAAUAAGCCGCCCAAAAUGUUAAAGUUAUAGCAAACAAAGUUUGACAUGUUUGGGGAUAUACUCGGUUAAGACUUCCUCUUCUAAAGAAAAUGUGGCCAAUUUAGUGCUGGUAUCCAUGUGAACGUCAGUCAAACCUGAUUAUAGAAAACCGGCAAAAGCAAUUUGAAGCUACAAAAUAAAGAAACACUUUGAUAUAAGCCCCACCAGUAACAGGCUCGCCAAUAUAAGCUCCCCUCUAACUAGCAUUGAAAUGAAUUUGAUUUAUUAUGAUAUUUUGAAGCUUUUACCAGUAACUGCAAAACAUAUUUAAAUCAGCACUGCUCUAGCUUGUUUCGAACAACUUUUUCCAAUUCCGUUAAAAUCCCCCUUGGAUAUAAGCCCCUCCGUUUACUUUAUCAAGAGCCCUUGUAAAAACCCUUACAAAGAUUUAUAAUCCCAGGGCUUUUAAGCGGCUGUUUACGGCACCGCAUAUCAUAUGUUUGGCUCACAAACUUAACACCUCCGUUAGCGAAAUUUUCUCAUUCCUGCUCUCACUAUGUUUACUAAAACUGCUGAUUGCUCUCAGCUAAUCGUCGAAUUCAUUUUUCUUUUUCAUGAUUUUUAUAUGAUAAAAACAGGUUACUUUCUAAUUUCCUAAGCUCAAACGAACAUUUUAUUUUCUUUAAUUCCCACCUCGUAAUAUAAAUGGCCCAGACUUUCGAGCCCAUUAUUUGAACAUUUCUACAUUGUUACUGAGACCUCACUGCCUGCGAUGACAUUAUGAGCGCGUCAGUUUAACUGCUAGCAAUUGACGAAAACCGUUUUUUACUCAAUUUGAAUAUAUGCUUAAAAGAAAUAUCGAUCAAGACUUGGUUAAUAGACUUUUUAUUACUAACAGUUGAACUCGUUUUCUAAGAGGCAGGGCCCGGUUGCAUAAAACGCCCGUAACAGUUACGGGUAUACGUACGUGUACUCGUAACUUAAGUGAGUUGCAUUAAAUCAUUUGCGUGGUCCACUUAGGGAUUUCACUUAAGUGGCUGCACUUACGAUUUUCGUAAGUAUCCACUUAGGUGUCAUUUAUGCAACAGAAAUUGCGGGUGUUGCAUAAAACCUUUUUUACGGGAAAAUUAGCACUUAAAUUUACGGGACCUAUGUGGGUCCCGUAUCCUUACUGUUUUUACUAAAGUUAACGAGAUCUUUUACCGAGAAGUGAAAAAAAAAUUGUAUUUUCUUUACGUAAUUCCGUUCUAAUGCGCUUUGUUAACAUGUGAUGUACAAUUUAAAGCCGUCGUUAAGAAAAAAGAAGAACAACAAACAUUUCCAAUGGAUAUUGAAGUAAAAUAACGAUUUCAUGUAAACUUUAUUUCAAUGAGAGGCUUAAAAAGGUGUUCGAAGCGACUUGACACUUUCUUUACACUCACCGAUGGUUAACUUAAUUUAAAAAAAUAGAGUGAGUCAAAUUAAUAAUUAAAAGUACUAUAACAAAGUUACGUAUGCCCUUAAGUGAGCCCGUAAGUUACCGCGUAAAACAGAAACUUACGAGAGUGCUAAGUGUGUUCCAUGCAACACCCGUAAGUGUACCCAUAACGGAUUCUUAAGUGACCUACUUAAGAUGGCACUUAAGUGCAGGUUUUAUGCAACCGGGCCCAGGCAACUGUGCUAUUUGCUCGCUAAUCGCAUGGCAACACAAAGGCAACACCAAGAUUGUCGAAUUCCAUCGUUUAAUAAACUGAAAAUACAGAGCAAAUAUUUAAUUGUUUGCUGCCAGGAUGCACGUAGCAGUCAUAUAAGGAAGACAGAUAUAUUAAAAAAGAGUUCAGUUGACUGUAGCCGCAUCGCAGAAAAGUCAUGGAAAUGAAAAAUUUGACUGGAGGUGAAAACCUGCAAACAAUUGCAGAACUUUUCUGCUCUGAGGAAUUUACUGGAGAGGUACAUGGCGAGCUCGUUUUUCUCUCUGUCAUUAACACUUUUUUGUCAAUUACAGCAUUUUUGUGGAAUACUCUGAUCCUAGUUGCCCUUCGCAAGGACACAUCAAUUCAUCCGUCAUCCAAACUCCUGUAUCGUAACCUAGCGAUAACUGAUCUUUGUGUUGGUAUCGUUGCGGAGCCUCUAAGCGUUGCAUAUUGGAUAUCUGUGGUGAACAAAAGAUGGGAUAUUUGCCAUUACGCAGAUUUGAUAACAUAUUUCCCAGGUGUUACUUUGUGUUCAGUGUCGUUGAUAACAAUGACCACAAUAAGCGUGGACAGACUUCUUGCUUUGUUACUGGGUCUCAGAUACAGACAAGUCGUAACUUUGAAAAGAACACGUUUGAUCGCUAUUGGUGGUUGGAUUGUGUCCGUUGUCGGUGCAUCUACCUUCUUUCUGAAUCCUCUUAUAGUUUCAUUGUACCAAUAUAUUGUUAUAGCUUUUUGUUUAGUUACUACAAUCUGUGCCUACACAAAAAUUUUCAUGUCUCUGCGUCAUAACCAAAUUCAUGGUCAGAACCAUGUUCUUCAAGGACAAUCGAGCCAAGCAAAUACACUGAAUAAAGCUCGAUACAGAAAGGCAGUAUACAGUGCACUGUGGGUGCAGGUAACAUUGGUUAUUUGUUAUCUGCCGUACGGUAUAGCUGCAACUUUAACACCUCAAAGGGGGAUACCUUUAUCUACUUACCUUGCUUUGCAAUUUACAGGUACUUUAGUGCUUUUAAACUCGUCGUUAAACCCAUUUCUGCACUGCUGGAAGAUCACAGAAGUGAGACAAGCUGUAAAAGAAACAUUACAACAACUACACUUCUGUACUUGAACUAAGACUUAGACUAAGAACAUUUACUAACGAACUUGAUAAGAAAAUAUAUAUAAGAAAGCCAGACAAAUGUCCUAGUCUGAAUUGCACCUUUUGUUUGUUUUCUGUUUCAUUGCAGAUUGUAAAGACACAAACAAAAUCAUUUGUUUAUGUUAAAAAGUUUAAUAAUCAUAAAACAAAAUGAAAAUAUCACUAAAACUAGUCAGUUAGCUAAUUAGUUCUCUGGUAAUGAAGACUAAACGAAGCAGGCGCAUAUUCUUAAAGAGAACAGCUCACUUGCUCGCAACAUCACACCGACAAACUCUUUUGACUAAUGUUUUUUUAUAGCCAGAAGACAAUCAGAGAGCUUUUCUGUUCUGCCGAAUUUACUGGAGAGGUACAUGGCGAACUUAUCUUGAAAAUACACAGCAUAAAUGACACCUGAUGAUAACCAUAAAAGCCACUAUGUUCAUAGUAUAAUCAGGUUUAACAAAGGUCAUAAGUUCAGUUUGGUAAAACUAAUCUGGGCGCAAAAAUAUUACUUUUCCGAAUGCUUGUUCAAAAUCGAACAAUGUUUAUUGUGAGAUAAUGAGGGCUAGUACAUGAUGUAAUUUAAAUUUUAUGGCCAAUAAAUACACAUUAACAGUUUGCGAGCAUAGAAGGCUUAUGUUCCUGUAUGUUUUUAGAUAUAAUGAAAAGUGAACCCUUAUACUUCUGGUUUGCAGGUGACGUCACAGCGGCCAUCUUGGUCGUCAAGAACAAAACCAUUUCUCUUCUCUGGGAAGUAACCUCUAUUUUCAUGUAAAUUCUUCGAGAAAACAAUUCUAUUGUAUCUACCCCCAACAUUGCCACCUUGUCACGUGGUUGCAAACCAAGAAUACCCACAUGGUAACGUAAUAUCAGUGGAGGAGAAGGGGCUGUCAUCAGUCCCACUCGGGGGAAUGCUCAGAUGACUAACUCAGUUACCUACUGCUAUUAUUUGCCAUCGUAUCAACUAUCAAUUGUUUUAUCCAGUCUGUUGCGAGGUCGAAUUAUUGCAGGAAUUAGUAGCAAAAGCGAAGUACUUUCUCAGCUAAGAGCUAAAGAAGACUCAUAUACAGUGCUUAAAAGAUGGAACAUCACAACGGCCCUAGGGAAACGAAACCCCCACUUUUACAAAAAUGGGCCUUGGGUUCAUAUAACAGUUGAGUACGCCACCAGCACUGCUAACUUUUGUCCCCUCUCACUGUCAAAUUCGCCCCUACAGGCUUGCAUGACAAGACAGCAUAUUUCGGGAAAAAAAGCGGCGAGAAAACUGCUUCGAUUUGAAAGUUUGGCUGAGCUUGGUAAUUUGUAUUGCACGUCACACAGAAAAACAGGAACACGUUGAUUUGGCCAAUUGAUUGUUUGGUGAAUCAUAAUAAAAACGUAUCUUCCGGGAGAAAUGGUAGUCUUUCGUUGUUUUCACUUUAUUUGUAAUUAAACUUUAAUUUGAAUAAUUAUUUUAGGUAAGUGCAUCAAUCUUAGCCAUCGGUAGCUGUCCGGCAAACUGAGAAAGUUUUGCCUCGAAUUUUGGAUUGCUUACAACGUAAUUCAGUGUACUUUAUUAAAGAGAAGAAGAACAACAGUCAACAAGCUGCAAACUAAUCGAAAAACAGAUAGAGGUGCUAUGUACAAGUUGCUGUAUAUGGGGAAAGUAUAUAUACAUAAUAUAUUAUAAUAUAUAGUUUUACCUGGAUUUUUUAAAUUGGUUUAGCAAAAAAAUCAACUCACUCUACUACUUGGCAAUUUAAAACAAUGAAAAAUCAUUAAAAGGCCGAUUAAAAUCCUUUAUCUGACGCCGGGCAGUAAGUCAGUAGUGGUCCCUAGCAGUAUUUCAACGAGUCACAAUUUUAAUGAUGUCAAGUGAUUUCUGCACCGUUUUUUGAAGUUAGUCGGUUGCAGGCAAUUACCUUCAAGAGGGCAUUCCGGUUUCUUGGCGGUAAUUGCCUCAGACAAAACGUGAUUUACCAAGCGACUGUAACGACUGGGACAACAACAGAAUCAUACAUUGGACUCAGUAGCCACUGACUUCAAAGAACAGUACAGAAAUCUCUUGUCAUCCUUCCGACACGCGAACAGAAGAAACGAGGGGGAACUGUCCAAACAGGUGUGGACCCUCAAAGAUGCCAACAGAUCCUUUCACUUGCAGGGGAAAGUACUGAGUAAUUGUAAACCAUAUGACAAGGCUAACAAAAAUUGUAAUCUUUGCCUCCAAGAAAAAAUUUUUAUCAUUUGUAAAAAACACUUAUGUACUCUGAAGAAAAGAAACGAAUUAGCAAGUUCAUUCCCCUACAGAAAUAGAUUCACUUUAGGAAAUUUUAGAAUAACAUAACGCAACGCAGCGAAACCUCACGGAUCCCGGAAAACCCAUUGGGGAACCUCUAUAUCUCCUUGUCGACUUUUUGUCUAUUUACAAAGUUUUAUAAUCACUCUGCGUCUGCCUCGUCACCAGCCGCUCGCAAUCUCAUAUUCAGAAAUUUUUAAGUUCGGAGGCCUACCCAUUAUCCUUAAUUCACUCGCUGUUCUACACUCGUUUCCCACACCCCGCAUUGAACUCCACCCUCCUCACUUAGCUUUGGAAAAGAAACACGUUUCACGCGCAAAAAUUCUCAGAAGCAGUCUUAUAAUUGCUUUCUCCGCAGUAGUUGCAUCUUGUUCCACAAAACUUGGCGGAGCUGCUUGACGGCACCCCAGUGCAAACUGUAGAACUAAAAAAAUGCCCUUCAGCAUGACUUCAGGGUGAAUCUGUUUUCAGGAGGUCUGGAUGGGGUUAACUGACAACUAACGAAUAGCCAAGAUAUUAACUGACAAAAAAUAUUCCUUCAAUAAUUACAUUAAUUGAUUUUGGUUAACUAAUUACGCGUCAUCAUAAGUGACGUCAUGAAAGGUUUAUCUGAAGGCUCGCUGCAUGAAUCAGUCCGUCAUAAGCUCAAUUCGGAGGGCAAGCACAAUACCCAGUCUUCCCUCCCGAGAGAGUCUAUUGAUUCAGUUUCGACGUCAUUCGCUACUCAUUGUACUUGUUGUCGUAUCGGAUUCAAUAAACUUGUUGCCCAAACUUCUUGUUAAGUGGUCUUUGGGAACACGUGAUUGCCUAAAAUUUAACCGACAACUGACAUUUACCUUGGGUUUUACUGUCAAGUGACAAAGGCCCUGAUUGUUCUUUAUUACUCUCGCAUGCGUAAGCAGUGAGACCCAUAAUCUGCAACGCGUUUUUCGCCCCGGGGUACUCCCUUAUAUGGGCCAUAGAGGUAUGUACGGCGCCAAAGGGUUUGGUGUUUUAGCCUUUUUGGUCUGAAAUAGGGUAUGUGAAUUGAGUAUGUUUUUAUUAGAAGAAGCUACUUCUUCAUCAUUAAGCGAUAAGACCAUUUCCCUUUUAAUGUUUACGCCAACCUUGUACGUGGCGUAACAGCUUGUCACGCACGCGCUCCGGUCACGCGCCGGGCUCCAGGGCUCAGGUCUGAAAUAGGGUACCAAAUUUUUGAUCAGGUCUGAAAUAGGGUAGGGAAAAUCACAGAUUUUGUUCUGAAAUAGGGUAAGGGUUUCAGGAAGGGUGCCGCACACCCCCACCCAACUUUUCUGGAAGUACUCUUCAGAGUUUUUCGUCGUAUUUUAUACACAAAUGGUGGUGGUGGGGGGUGGGGGGUCAUUGUGUCAGGCCUUCUUGCUGAGACCGUGGAAACUGGGACUAAGAAUCGUUGCCUGAUCGAAGCCACGCAUGUUUUGCGAAGAAAGCUUAGGAAAAAUUAAAUUUAGCGCUUUUCCGAAACGUGUCGGUCCACGAAUUACUUUGAAACAAGUGAACACUACUGAGUGGUUAAAAACAAAAAAAUAAGAAUCUUAAACUAGCGAAACUGCGAUGGUCGGGUGUUGUAAACUUUCAUUGCAUACAAAUGGGUAUUGUGAUGAGCAUGCGACUUGUUUUCCGCGAUGAUUGAAUUGAAGUGCCAUGUAAAUCACUGUUUUGGUCUCUGGCAAUGAUCCUGUUUCGUGUAGAAUUAAUCCCCUCCUCAUUUCUCGAUCUAAUCUCCAAGCAAGCGAGACUGGCUGCACCUGUAAGCGCGUUCUUGUUUUCUACAAAACACUGUUUCUAAGGUCUUUUGAAAACUUCGUUCUACUCUUUAAGUCAGAAAAUGUGAUCAAAUGUACGUUUACAUGGGUAACCUUAGCAGCAGCACGGAUGCACGAUGGCUGCUAAUGAGGGCGUUAUAAAAGCAGUUGUAAAUUUUUACAAAGAUGAUUCAGAUGCGGUGUUUCUUGGUCUUUCUUACGAUCUACGUCCAAAUCCUCUGAAGGUACAAAUUUUGAUUGGCUUAUUGGUUGGAAAUGUUGGCCUCUGGCCAGUAAAAAAGUUUGUGGAGGAGGGUAACACAAGAUUUGAGAAAUGGAGGGCUAUUUGGAAUCCUGUCAAUUGCAAAACUGGUAAAAAUUAACGUACUAUUGCAUCAGUGUUUGAAUUUAAUGUUUAAUUCACCUUAUAUGUGCUCUUUUAGCUACAAGUCGGAUAAAAAAUAUACAAAUAAGUUUCAUAGUUAAUUAUUAAUAAUCAUUUAACUGACAAUUAACAGAAAGCCUAAAAUUUUAAUCAGUGUCGGAUCCGGGGGAGGGGCCCAGGGGGGCCGGGUUCCCCGCCCCCUUAUCUAAGGGUCUGAAUGACCGGGGCUCCCCUUAUCUCAAGGUCUGGAUCCGGUACUGUUAACUGACAACUGACAUUUGUACCCCCCAUCCAUACCCUCUUUACAGUUGGUUGUCUCCUCGAGAAGUGCGAUAGUUUUUAAGCACAAUUACUCUUCCACCCCAUUUUACGUCAAAAGCCACUGUAAUAUGACCCUGCUGGGACACUUGUUAAUGAAGGGCCUUGCGUUCCAAAAAAAGUAUAGUUUAAAGUUUCGUUCAACUGAAUCUUUCGUUCAAAGUCUCCAUUGACAGUGUAUAUUGCUACUAUCAGGAGGUGUGUCUCUCUUUCUUCACCAGCGACUACAACGUGUUCACCAACUGGGUGGCAUACAAUGCGGUAAUAGCGAUCUCCUCGGAUGUUGACACUGAAGUUGGCAAGAUGUAGUCCAUCUACAUUGAACAACAAGUGACAGGAUUGGUCUGAGUCCAACACCAUAACUCGCCCAUCUUUAGACGCAGUGAUUUCCUGUGCAGACUCGAUUAUCGCUUCACGAACCAACAUAGCUACCGUUCCUUGCAUGGUAUAGAUCAACCACUUUAUGUUCCUUCAAUAUAGCCUACCGUUAAAGGUCAGUCUGUUGAAAUCGCUCCCUUUCGCAACAGGAAACCUAAGCUGAAAGACAAGAGUCUCGUUAAAGACUUGAACUUCAAACUUCUCUGGCGACGAGAUUCUCGGUGACAUCAACUGUAUCACUAGUAGAUAGAUCGUAUCGUCCACGUCUGAAAUGGCAACAUCAUAGAUGUACGAGGUAGUUUCAGAUUGGGGUCUUACACUCAUAUGAAAAUUCCCAUUGCUAUCGAACACUUUUAAGGUAAGAUACCACGACGGCCACGGCCACGAAAACGUCGCUUACAUAGUGAGUUUGCGUUCUUUCAAUCUCUAUCGUGAUUACUACUAAUAAUAAUAUUUAAUAAUUAUAUGGCGCAUUUUCUAAAAAAUAAUAAUCAAAUGCGCAUAACUCGAACUCGUUUACUUUGUGAAAUGCAAGCAAACUCUUUUUGAGCCGAGUUCCUAAGAAUCAUAUUCAAGUUCAGAAAGAGACAGAAAAUUUAGCCGUCGCUUGUUCACGUCCUCCAUAAAACGUGACGUUAGGCAUUUUCCCGUCGUAGUUGCGCAGUGACGGUAAUGAAAUGUACAAAAAAGCGAGAUGCACAUGCAGGGUUGUUGUUUUGCUUAUUCAACCAAUUGCUUUUUUGACGUUCCCGUUGUCGUCGUCGCCGUGGCAUCUUAAAGUCCCUAGUUUCAUGCAGUGUGCUAUUUAAGGCCUUCCUCAACCUCACCGAAUGUAAGCAGAGAAUCUGGUUUCCGGAAUCCUCUGGAAUCCGGAAUCCUGGGCUUCAGAAUCCAGAAUACAGCUCAAAAACCCGGAAUCGCACUACAUCACACUUGGAAUCUAGAAUCCAGGUUCCACUGACAAAGACUGGAAUCCGGAGUCCGCGGCGUGGAAUCCAGAAUCCAGGACUGUCUUUGAUUCCUUUACAUGGAGCGAUCAACCUUAUUAAAAAGAAAAGACGGGCCAUUGCCAUUAAGGAACAUAAGAUUGGAAAGCCAAACGAAAAGGGCAAUAUAUGUGAGCUUAACUGAGCUGAAUGCAAUGGCCAAGCGAAGACGACAAUGAGAAAGUGUAUAUUCACAUGUGUUAAUAAAACUCUACUUUUUACACCCUAGAAACUACCCGCUCAUAGCGGCUGAUUAUUUUCCUGUGAGUUGUGGCAACUAAUUGGUUCUUAUGUAUAUCUUUUGCUUAUUAGCCAAUCACAGGACUCCAUUUUCUGAUAUAUAAACAUUUUAUUACCUUGUUUUUGCAUUAUAUUUUCUCGUUUUUUCUCUGUGUUUACUAAAACUGUAUUGCUCUCUGCCAAUCCUCAGAUUCAAGAUUUUUUUAAUGUCUAUUGUGAUGAUGAAAAACAGGUUACAUUUAAAUAAUUCCCUAUGCUUAAACGAACGUAAAGCAUUUUUUUCUCUUUAAUUCUCAUCUCGUAAACUAACUGACCCUAGCCAUUUUUUGAACAUGUGUAUACUGCUCAGACUUCCUGGUUGCGAUGAGACGAUUAGUAGUACAUUAAUAAUCUACGUAUACUCACCCUGUGAGCGCGUCAGUUAAACCUCUGGCAAUUGAACAAACCAUUUUAAAUCAAUUUCAAUCUUUGUUUAACAGAUGACUGAUCAUGACAGUUUAGCUCGUUUUCUACAAGACAAUUGUACUGUUGGUUUUGCCAAUAUCACGGCAGCAACAAGAUUUCCAAUAACUCUGUCGUUUAAUCACUGCCAAAUGAAAAUACAGCCCACAUAUAUCUAAUUGGUUUUUGACAUGAUGAAGCUAUCAUAUAAGGAAGACAGAUAUAUUAAAAAAAGGUUCGCUUGAACGUAGUUGCUUCGGAGAAAAGUCAUGGUAAUGACAAACUAGCAAACAAUUAGAGAACUGUAUUGUCCUGCAAAAUUCACUGGAGAGUCGAGGAGAGGUACAUGGCGAGCUAAUUUUUCUGUGAGACAAAAGAGGAUAAAUAUGAUGGUGAAUGAUGGUGCAAGUUCCAUGUUAAUAUUUUGGGUUUACUAUACUCCAUCGAAACGAACGUCACCAUGGCGUUUUUAAUUUUAGAUAUUUUGCCUUUCAUAUAACAGAUCCGAAUUGGACGGGCCGGGAGAUAAUGUGAACGGCGGAAAUAAAUUAAAAAAACAAUUUUAAAUGAAGAUAUGAUCCUGACGUAGUGAAAUAGCAAUUAAAGCAAUUGCAAAUAAACCGCCCAAGAUGUAAAAGUUAUAGCCCACUAAGUUUGACAUGUUUGGGGAUAUACUCGGUUAAGACUUUCUCGUCAAAGAAAAUGUAGCCAAAUUACUGCUGGUAUCUAUGUGAACGUCAGACAAAGUUGAUUAUAGAAAAACGGCACAAGCAAUUUGAAGCUACAAAAUAUAGAAACGCUUAAAAGCCCCCAACUUUAAUAUGAGCCCCACCAGUAAUAGGCCCAUUAACCCUUUAAGUCCCAAUAGUGACUAACAGCAAUUUUCUCCGAACGAUAUCCAUACAUUGUCACGAGAUGAGGUUAUCAGAAUUAACAAAAUGAUCACCUAAGAGAAAAUACUUUGAUAUUUUAUCCAAUUCUCUCAACUAAUUCUUAAAGGAAAUGUAUAUAGACCAGUUUGGAGAAUUUGUAUGUGGAUAUAAGGUUAACCUGAAACAACAAAAAAAACCUGCCCCACAACAUAAGCUCCCCUCUAAAUUGUAUUGAAAUGAAUUCGAUUAUUAUGAUGUUUUGAAGCUGAAUUAAACGCCAGUAAAUGAAAAACGCAUUUUAAAUCAGCCCUGCUUUAGCUUCUUUUGAAGCGCUUUUGCCAUUCCGUCUAUAAUCCCCCUCGGUUAUAAGCCGCUCCAUUUAGAAGCCCUCCUGUCCCCUUACGAAGAUGUAUAAUCCCAGGGAUUAGUUAUAAGCGGCAGUUUACGGCACCGCAUACAUUACCCUGCUAGCAGAGUCUCCUUCGAUCUUCCUACAUAAGUCGACUUAUGUAGGAAGAUCGAAGAAGACUCUGCUCGCAGGGUACAUAUCAAAUGCUCGGCUCACAAACUUAACACCUCCAAUCAGGGACAAAAGUAGUUGACACACUUGUUUAAAACGGGUGCUUUUAACAAACAUUUCAUUCAUUUAUCAUUUCAUUCCUUUAAAAACGCCGUAAAUCCCCCGACCCCCCGAAUCAAUGUUGUCUGAAGUAAAAAAAAGACUUGAUGGUCCAAAAUUCAACACUGAUUUUGGGGGGAAGGGGUUGGAGUAGACAGGGGAAGGGGAUAAGUAUAUUCACUAUGCAAAAAGGGGCCAUUUUACGGAAGUGUGUCAACACUUUUGUCCCUGAUUGUCUGAAUGCAAAAUUGUACCACUGCACACAAGUUGAGCCGUGUAUGACACUGAUUUUAACUGAAAUUAAAGGAAUCAAUGACAUAAUUAUGUUAUUGGUGGUGGGGGUGACAUAGACUUAUUCACGACCGAAUUAUAGGGCCAAUUCGAAUUACGCGAUGACGUAAUAAAAGGGCUGCGAUAUCCAGAAUUAACGUCGAUAUGGUUUACAAGCUAAAAACUGACGCUGAAAAUCGCGCCUAUGUACAACUUUUGAUGAAUUUCAAGGGGGUGCGUACUGAAAAUAUUUUUAAUAAAGUGAAUAUUUCUCGUUCUUCACUUUAUCCGAUUGUUAAGGCCCAAACAAUCACGGAUAGGGUAAGGAUUGACACGUAGUGGGGAUAGUCACUGGCCGGCCACGGAAAUAUGGAGCGUUAGUGAGGAGCGGUCGUCACUGCGUUCAAUAUCGAAACUACGGAAAAGUGAAGGUAAAUUCAUGGCCAAUUCAAUAAAAAGCUAAGGACAGCGUAGCAAACACUGCAAGUGUGCACCAAAACAAUUACUUUCAAUCCCACCUCGUGACACCCUGUGUGACAUGAUAACGCAACGCAAAUAGCGUGACAUAAGCGCAUAUGUCUGUGUAUUUCGACUGCAUUUCUCAAGCGAAACCCUGUGUUUUUGUCUAUUGUCGGCAGAGAAAAUGAAAAGAGAGCUUUGAAACGUGAACUGGUAUUUGACUCUCAAAGAAAACGACAGCUCAAACUGAGGAAAACACUGGUCCCAUCGUGUUACAACGGUUAACCACGUUUCGGCAAACGGAAAGCAACAUUAGUCUGUUAUGACCUCUGAAUGUCGAUAUGUAUUCUCGUGGUUAACCGUUGAAACUCCUUAUUUGCGCCACAUCGCUGGAAUUUUUCUCGCCAAGAAUACGUAUUGCGAAGCACUUUCUACAUAGCGGAACCUUCUUUUGCCUUUUGUGAGGAAUUAGCGCAGAAAAAACGAAAAUUUUCCAGCGCACGGUCGUCAUCGAUCACGUACUGUUAUCCUGCUUUGUUUGUCAUCAAAGUAAUUGCUGUUUUGGCGAUGAUGCAAACUGGUGUGUCUAUCUUGAAAACAAUUUCUUUGGCAUUCUGUGAUUUACGUGCUGGGAAAUGAAAUAAUUGUGCAUCCAACUUCAAUAAACAAUCAUGCCAUUGAAUAAAUGGCAGGCGGUCGUGUAAAAUCAUUACAAAAGUACAUUCCUAACAUGGUCUAACCCGUUCGACGACUACCUACGCUAAAAAAAAACCACGUCUAUAUAUAGAGCAUAGCCCAAACGGCUGGCCCAUCAUUUAUGAGGUUCAUAACCUGUAUAUUGUUCACGUCCUUUCACUAAUCGCACAAGUCAAUGUCAAAAAUAAUGCAUGUCCCCUCUGUUACUCUGCAGUACUUCAUUCGCUUAAGUUAACCAUUUACCAGAACAGUUUUCAUUGUAACUUAAUGUUUCCAUCCUUUUUCCAUCCUUUUUCCAUCCUUUUUGAUAAUGCUUGUGAAAACAUUACACCCGUAGCAACGGCAUUGAUCACAACACAAAUCAUUUCAUCUCGACCCGAAAGGGUAUGAGGAACGCGCGUGGGAGUACAAGAUUAAGUAAUGACAUACGCUUCGUACAUUUUACUCUACGUAUACUACAAAUCAGGACGAAACUUUAUAAAUUGAUGUUUAGAAACAAACAAUUUGGCCCAUAGAGUAACGUCAUCGCACAAAAAUUCAGCAGCGUCAAAAUUCUAGCCGGAAAACACAGAUAGAUAUUUCAGACAAUCAGGGACAAAAGUAGUUGACACACUUGUUUAAAACGGGUGCUUUUAACAAACAUUUCAUUCAUUUAUCAUUUCAUUCCUUUAAAAACGCCGUAAAUCCCCCGACCCCCCGAAUCAAUGUUGUCUGAAGUAAAAAAAAGACUUGAUGGUCCAAAAUUCAACACUGAUUUUGGGGGGAAGGGGUUGGAGUAGACAGGGGAAGGGGAUAAGUAUAUUCACUAUGCAAAAAGGGGCCAUUUUACGGAAGUGUGUCAACACUUUUGUCCCUGAUUGUCCGUUAGCAAAAUUUUCUCGUUCUUGCUUUGUGUUUACUAAAACUGCAUUGCUCUCAGCCAAUGAUCAGUUUCAAGAAUUUUUUCACGUUAUUAUAUUUGUAGUAAUAACACGUUACAUUCUAAUUCCCGAAGCUCGACGGAAUGUAAAAAAAAAUUAUUCUCUUUAAUUCCCAUCUCGUAACCGACCCAGACUUUAUAGCUCAUUUUUUGAACAUUUGUACAUUGUUACUGAGGCUUUAGUGCCUGCGAUGACCCUAUGAGAGCGUCAUUUUAACUUCUGGCAAUUGACGAAAACCGUUUUCUACUCAAUUUGAAUAUAUGUUUAACAGAACUAUCGAUCAAGACUUGGUUAAUCGACUUUUUAUUUCUAACAGUUUAACUCGUUUUCUAAAAGCCAGGCAAUUGUGCUAUUUGCUUCCCUUAUCGCACGGCAACACCAAGAUUGUCGAAUUCUAUCGCUUAAUAAACUUAAAAUACAGAGCAAAUAUUUUAAAUUGUUUGUUCACAAGGUCACAUGUGUAGCAGUCAUAUAAGGAGACAGAUGUAUUAAAUCACAGUUGGGUUGACUGUAGCCGCAUCGCAGAGAAGUAAGGUGGCCCAAAAGUGUCACGGCAAUUUCAAUUUUACUCACGGCAAUUUCAAUUUUACUCACCGGCAAUUUCAAUUUGUUCUCGGUAAUUUCAAUUUACUCACCGCGAUUUCAAUUUGCUCACAGCAACCAUUUCAAUUUAUUUACGGCAAUUUCAAUUUACUCGCGGCAAUUUCAAUUUUGCUCACGGCAAUUUCAAUUUACUCACAGCAAUUUCUACAUUUUCACGGCAAUGCUCACGGCAUUUUUCGCUUACCUCACCACCUGUCUACUACGGCGGCCGACAGUGGCCACCAAAAGUCAAAACGCAAAAUCAAAAGUCGAUACUUUUAAGUAUCGACUUUAAAAAGUAGAUCUUCAAAGUGAAAAGUGAAAAUCAAACAUCAAAAGUCGAUUCACGAACACUUAUGCCAGUAGACAGUGAGAAGACAACUGGAGAGUUUACUGCUCCCAGAAAAUUAUAAGCUUUAUCUAGCACUCACCUGGUGGCCGUUUAAUAUUUACUGCACAGCAUCUCAAAAUGGUGCAAUCCCUCACAUUUAUCAAAGCAUUGAAACUACUUCUAAGGCUUGUUUACUGAUUGUUAUUGGUAACAGUGUUCCUAUUUUUGCUAAGAAAAAGCAACAAUGGUGGAGCCAAAUGAAGAAACAUGCUACUUAUGGACCCGGUCUGAGAUUCGUUAUUUUGUUUUACAUUAGAACGGUACGGUUUCAGACCCGUUCGAAAGUAACUCGGGUCGGGUAUGUAUGGAGACCGAUAUAAACUCAUACCGGUCUGAGUUCGUCCCAGUCGGCCGCUGUAGUUGACAGGUGGUGAGCGAAGCGAAAAAUGCCUUGAGCGUUGCCGUGAGUAAAUUGACAUUGCCAUGAGUCAAAUUGAAUUGAAAUUGCCGUGAGUAAAUUGAAAUUGCCGUGAGUCAAAUUGAAAUUGCCGUGACACUUUUGGACCACCGUAGAAAAGUCAUGGAAAUGAAAAAUUUAACUGGAGGUGAAAACCUGCAGACAUAUGCAGAACUUUACUGCUCUGUGGAAAUUACUGGAGAGGUACAUGGGCAGCUCAUUUUUCUCUCUGUCAUCAACAUUUUUCUGUCAAUUACAGCAUUUUGGGGGAAUACUCUGAUCCUAGUUGCCCUUCACAAGGACACAUCAAUUCAUCCGCCAUCCAAACUCCUGUAUCGUAACCUAGCGAUAACUGAUCUUUGUGUUGGUAUCAUUGUCGAGCUCCUGAAUGUUGCUCAUUGGACAUCUGUGGUGAACAAAAGAUGGGAUAUUUGCUAUUACACAUAUUUGUCAGCACAUUUCGCAGCUGUUACUUUGUGUUCAGUGUCGUUGAUAACACUGACUGCAAUAAGUGUGGACAGACUUCUCGCUUUGCUACUGGGUUUCAGGUACAGACAAGUUGUAACUUUGACAAGAACAUGUUUAAUUGCUAUUGGAGGUUGGAUUGUGUCCAUUGUCGGUUCAUCUACAUCCUUUCUGAAUCUUCUUAUAGUUUCAUUGUUUAGUUACUACAAUCUUAGCCUGCGUGCAGACGAUAACUAAACUCUGAUUAGUACCGUCUGCGAAGCAGCGCAGAGAUCCUUGUUCUGGACCCCCAACGGACUCAACGAAUUACCGGAAGUGCGUUUCGAAUUCCCCUUCAACCUGAUUGGCGAUCACGACAAACAAAACAAAGGCCUUUUUUAACUGGCCAAUCGUGGCGCGUACUCAAAUCUGGGUACACAGCUGGAAGUUCAGAACAAGGAUUUCGGCGCUGUUUCGCAGACGGAGUUAACCAGAGUUUAAUUUCGUCUGCGCGCAGGCUACUACAAUCUGUGCCUACACAAAAAUUUUCAUGUCUCUGCGUCAUAACCAAAUUCAUGGUCAGAACCAUGUUCUUCAAGGGCAAUCGAGCCAAGCAAAUACACUGAAUAAAGCUCGAUACAGAAAGGCAGUGUACAGUGCACUGUGGGUGCAGGUAACAUUGGUUAUUUGUUAUCUUCCGUACGGUAUAGCCGUAGCUUUAACAAUUCAAUGGGGAAUGUCUUUAUCUACUUACCUUGCUUUGCAAUUUACAGCUACUAUAGUGUGUUUAAACUCGUCGUUAAAUCCGUUGCUGUACUGCUGGAAGAUCACAGGAGUGAGACAAGCUGUAAAAGAAACAUUACAACAACUACACUUCUGUAUCAACUAA